AUGCGACAGGCCCCGCCGGGUCAAGGCCAGUCCCUGGCUCAUACCCCUGAAGAGUCGACUGCUGCACAGCACACGACCGCCAUCCAUUCUCCCUCAGACAGAGCUCCGGCGAGAAAUCCACCUUCGUCGACGCCACAUAGUCGAGAUGUUUCUAGCGUUCGAGGUCGGCCGGGAGAUGCGACUGCGGCUACUGGAUUUGGCCUCGCCUCUCUGCAACCACACACCCAGCUACGAAACCAGUCGCAUUCCAAGAGCCCGGAGCCGACCAGCGAGCGAGAACGAGAGCGUGAGCGCGAGAGGCCCGGUAUCGGCUCGGACAGCGAAGGUCUAGAGAGACGGCCCUCGAAUUCGUACGGCCACCAUCGCCAGGCCUCGAUCGUUCAUGGAAGCAUCCAGCAUUCCAGAGGCCCCAGUUUCGCAAAUUCGCCCGCCACGUCGAGCCCUCUGAGUCCCGAGAUGAUCUCAGCUGCUGGAUUCGCGCCAGCUCUACCUGAAUCGAAGCUUAACGGCGGCGUGCGGGAGAAUGGUGACUUCUCGCCUGCCACGUUCAUGGCGCCUGCUGGUGGUGUGGGAAAUAUCCUGCAGGGAUCGCAUUUGGCCUUGAUACAAGAUACUGUCCGGCCAGACGGGCUGGAGCGUCAGCAUUCUCACCGUCGAGCCAUCACCACUGGAAAGCUACGGAGGGAAAACUCGCACAGCAAGUCCCGUUCGGGACAUGCCAACCAAGAAGCUAAAACGGUAGGAGAGUAUGCUCUCCACCAUCUCUUUAAUUCGUUCGUGGGACAAGCGGAGGAAAAGAUUAACAAAUGUAUCAUGAGCAUUGGAGAAUUCGAUGCGCCUGUAGAACAAGUAUGUGGUCCAGGAGCGGACCCGACUUUCGACCAGCUCAUUGCUGCCCUCGGCCACAUCGCGAAACAGAAGCCUAAACCGCUGAUAGACACUAUAAUGGUAUGGAGGAAGUCAAAGGGCGAUGCAGCUGCCACAGCAAAGCAAGGCUGGACUCAGCCCAAACCCCCUCCAUCAAUUUCGUCGACCAUAGUACGGCGGAACACAGAACCACCACAGCCGGGACCAGACGUUCCAGAUGCUGCUGGGUCACCGGCUGCUUCGAUCCCUAUAGUAAACAGGCAGGAAGAUAUACUCAUGACCGAACGACGAGCAACCGUCUCCGUCUACCUCGUAUGCCGUGUUCUCAUCGAGAUCUUCAACCAAAGCACGCUCAACGCAAUCACACAAGAAAUGGCAGAUCGGCUAGAAGAUAUCGUAUUCGGACAGCUAAAGGCCGUCGAUCCAGAUCAAAUUUCUGCAUCACCGCUAAGAAUGGCUAAUUGGCGCAUCUACGGACAGUUGCUCGGCAUCAUGAGUGAAAGCAAUUUCGCCAGUGUUUCCAACCAGUAUCUUUCCGAGCUGGCUCAGUACCAGCGAGAAGACGGACGCAUGCUGGCAGCCAGAGAGACGGAAACUAAAGCCGAAUUAUUGAUUUUUGGACUGCGGCAUCUUCGUCUUCGAGUAUAUCCGGAAGACGGGUGGGGGAAAACGUGUGAUUUCCUGCAAUCGCUUGCCAGGCUGUUCAGUGACGCACACGGACAACGUUUGAAACAGGCGUAUUGCCAGAUACUGGAGACUUUUCUCCUUCCCAUCGCCGCCAAUCCAGCCUGUGAUUUGUCCUCGUCCAAAUGGAAGGAAUUCCUAGAGCUUCUCGUGCCUCGAUUGUCCCAGGUCCUCGUGAAACCCCGGCAUUGGAACAGUGCUUUCCCCCUUCAUAUCCUCCUCUUGUGUGUUUCUCCGCGAGAUACGUUUCUCUCUCAGUGGAUGCCGACUGUGAAUGCGCUUUCACCGAAGCUUAAAGAGCGCCCUACCAGGGCUGCUGCGCUUCAGGCUAUAUGUCGAUUACUCUGGACAUAUCUAUACCGUUACUCUGACCCUCUCAGUAACCCUCUCCGUAAAACGGAGGAAGUGAUUCGGAUAGUCCUGCCAGGUGGAAGGAGAACGUAUCUCACCACCGAACCUACAGUUGCAGAACCAAUUACUCAGCUAGUCCGAAUGAUCGGCUUUAAGCACCCAGAGAUGUGCUUCCGCAGCAUCAUCUUCCCACUGGUCAAUUCCGACCUAUUUACGUCCGGCAAAGAUCUCAAGAUCGAACAGAUGGAGCCUGAAAAAAUGGUUAUUGGCAUCCGCUCUUUCCUAGCUAUCAUGGCAGAUAUAGAAAACGGUGGCGGGACACCACCUCCUUUCCCACAGGAAUUUGCUGUCACUGAGCAAUCUCCUAUCUCACCCUUCUCCCCGCAGGCAUCCAUCCCUGAGCCGCAAUACAGUACCAACACUCCACCUCCAAAACCGCAGCCUUCUCCGCUCCCAUUCAAUCCGGCUAAGCUGAACGAAAAUACUCGAAAAUAUUACCUCCGAUUUUGCGAGAUAUUGGGGAAGAUCACUAUAUUAUGUGACAAUACUUUCGGAGGACAAGCUGCUCUCGAUGAAAAAUUCGGCGGUGUUACGCCUAAGACUCCCAUCACGGAACACUUUAGCUUUGGCCGACGUGAUGACCAUGCCAACACCCCUGACCAAAAGCAAGGGUUCUACGAUCUUCUCCAUGUCGCCGUUCAGGCACUGCCCCGGUGUCUUUCUGACCAUAUACCAUUUAACUCCCUCAUCAACCUCCUAUGUACGGGCACCGCACACGUACAGUCUAACAUCGCGGCAUCAUCCGCAGAGUCGCUCAAAUCCAUUGCCCGCCAGUCAUACGCCCAACAUGUAGCUAUCGGGUUUGCCCGCUUCAUCUUUAACUUUGAUGCCAGAUAUUCCACCAUGUCAGAUGAAGGCAUGCUUGGGCCAGGCCAUAUCGAAUCGACGUUAAAACUAUAUGUUCAACUCAUUCAGAUAUGGAUCGAGGAAAUAAGGCAGAAAACCAAGGAUGCUACUAUUGAUUUGCCUGAGAAGACUGGUACAGGUGCUCGAGGGCUACAGCUUGAUUUAUCUGGCGUCCUCGCUCAUGUGGAGGAGAUCGAGUCCCACGGGCUAUUCUUUCUAUGUUCUCAAUCAAGAACCGUUCGUGCGUUUGCCAUAACGGUUCUUCGCCUUGUGACUGAAUUCGACACAGCUCUAGGAAAGAAUAAUACUCGGAUUAUCCGUAUUAUGGAAGGGGACUCCCAACGGGUUCUCGAUCUGAAAGAUGAAUCGUUGACUGUUGCGGAGCGAAGCAGACUCCAAAAGGGUAGACAAGAGAGCAUUGCCCAUAACACUCUUAUUGAGCUAUGCAGUAGCGAAGUAUCAUACGACUCGACUCUAUGGGCAAAAGUGUUUCCAAAUCUUAUUCGGAUAAGUUUCGACACCUGUCCAUUCGCAGUCACCCUCGGCCGCGAAAUUGUUUGCGCUAGAUUAGUCCAUAUGCAUAGACAGAUUACUCAUAUCGCUGAGGGCCCUCCACCUAUGCAACUCAAUUCCCCCGACCAUAUUCCGACUCGCCCUAUUAUUAUUAGGAGUGGCACGCCUCCAGAAGUCAUGAUUGAACAGUGGAAGCUGUAUCUCAUUAUGGCUUGCACUACGUUAAAUAGUGCGGGCGCCCAGUCCCAAAGUCAGCUGGCGAAUGCUCAACACGCACGAAAAGCUUCCAAGGCCGGCCAGCAAAGCCAGGAUAAGAUUAACUCUGCAAGAUCUCUCUUUGCUUUCGUCAUUCCACUCCUAUCUGCCCCGCACGAUUCGAUCAGAAAUGCCAUUGUUGUUGCUUUAGGCUCUAUCAACAUUGCAUUAUACAGGACAUUGUUAGAGUCACUGCAGUACGCUGUGACUACUUGCAAGGAAGAAGCUAGGGUCCGUAUUGGAACUCAUCUUCGUACCCCGAGCACACCAAGGCGGAAUAGACGUACAGAUCUCCUCAGGACAGAAGUUACCAAUGUCUACAAAGCGACGUCCCAUUUCCUUAAGGACCCUGAAGUGUCUAACGAUGACUGGAUACUGAAUAACAUGGUGACAUAUACUCGAGAUCUUAGAAUCUUCUUAAGCGAUGUCGAGGUGCAGAAUGACCUGGAAUUCCAAAACCUUCGAUUCCAUUUCUGCGGGUUACUUGAACAGUUGUUCGACGGGAUUAAAAGGUCAAAGGAGCCAUCGCGAUGGAUGCCAUUCGAGUCCCGGAAAUCGGCUUUCUCGCUAAUGGAGGACUGGUGUGGCUAUUCUCCCAAUCAGAACCAGAUUGCGGUUCGGGAAGAGAAUAUGCGAAAACUUACCAUUGCACGACAACGCGAGAAUGGCGAAGUGCGUAGCACUGCGGCAAUGGAAAUUGAGAAACGGAAUUUGCGCACCGCUGCGCUGAGUUCUAUGGCAUCACUCUGUGGUGGUCCAAUACGAAUAUCCACGGAAAGCGGAGCGACGCUCCAAUUCGAUAUCAGACGCAUGCUCUCCUGGAUUGACAUUAUUCUCAACACUGAAAGUGAUAAACUCCAUGCCAUUGGGCGACGAGCACUGAAAAAUCUGAUUGUUCACAACAAAGCUCUCCCGUACCUACUUGAGCAAUGUAUUGAGAUGUGUUACUUAUCCGAACGACCAAAGGCACUUGAGAGCUAUUUUGAAGUUUUCUCACAAGUGGUUGUUGAAGAAAGCGACUACCCUGUUGCCUUUUGGCGCAUCCUAGGCGCUGUCCUCUUUACUCUUGGGAAUUCCAAAAGAGAGAUCCGUAUGAAAUCUGCUCGGUUACUAAGAACGAUUGAAGAACGGGAACAGAAGAACUCACGGCUACAAGACUUUGAUAUCAGCAUCUCGGAUAGGACAACUGCCGUGUAUAAGCUUGCUCAGUUUGAAACUUCGAAGCGACUUGCACAGCAGCAUGCCGAUUUGGCAUUCGUCAUCUUCUCGGAGUUCUCUCUCCACUUCAAAAACAUCCAGCCAGACACCCAACGUAAUAUGGUCGCAGCCAUUCUGCCGUGGGUCCAAGCAAUUGAACUCCAAUUAGAUCCGAACGGCGGCCCAACCUCAAAGUCUUACAUGUUGCUUUCCAACCUUUUCGAAAUCACCAUUCGAUCUGGAACUGUACUGCCAAACGAGGUCCAAGCCCUUUGGCAGGCUCUUGCCACUGGUCCCCAUGCUGGCAAUGUCCAACUCGUGCUUGAUUUUAUCAUUAGCCUCUGUUUGGAGCGAAGAGAACAAAACUUCGUUGACUACGCGAAACAAAUAGUUGUUUUCCUAGCAUCAACCCCAGCGGGCUCCAAGGUUAUUGAAUUUUUCUUGCUUCAAGUCGUGCCCAAAAACAUGGUACAUGAGCGCCGUGAACCCCUUCCAGCUCCUACCGAUCUAUCAAACCUGCCAUACGUUGCAGAUCUAGGUACCAUUUUGCCCGUUGGGAACAAACAAGUCGGUUUAUCAUUGGGACAAGUAUCUCUGAUAUUUCUAGUCGACUUGAUGGUUGCCCCAGUUAGUAUCGGAUUUGAGAGUGUCAUCAAACUCAUCCACGUUGCAUUUAUAUUCUGGGAUCACUACACCUUGACCGUACGAGAACAAGCACGAGAAAUGCUCGUUCAUCUAAUCCAUGAACUGGUCGCCUCGAAGCUAGAGAACGAAGUUCAAGGUGCCCAGCGUCAAUCAAUCGAAGAUUUUGUGGAGUGUAUUCGGCAAAGCGACCCUACUGUCAUAUGGGAAUAUGAAGAUAAUAACGAGAAGGAUGAGAAAGCUGCCGAUACAAGGGUACCAUCGUCCAUGCAUCAUGUUGCCCACAGCGUAGCAGGGAUAUUUAAUGCCGUUUACGACGGAGUUAAUGACCAUUGGUCAAGAGAAGCGCUGAACUGGGCGACAUCUUGUCCUGUUAGACAUCUUGCCUGUCGGUCGUUCCAAGUAUUCAGAUGCAUAUCCACAUCGCUCGACUCUCGGAUGCUUGCUGACAUGCUUGCACGACUUUCGAAUACAAUCGCUGAAGAAGAAACAGAUUACCAGACGUUUUCGAUGGAGAUCUUGACCACGCUAAAAGUCAUCAUUAGCUCUCUCGCUCCGCAAGACCUUUUACGAUAUCCUCAGCUGUUCUGGACCACUUGUGCAUGCCUUAAUACGAUACAUGAGCGGGAAUUUGUGGAGAGUCUGGCCAUGCUCGAGAAAUACCUGGACAAAAUUGACCUGUCUGACGAAAGCGUGGCAGCCAAACUGCAAGAGAGCAAGCCUCCAAAGUGGGAAGGCGAAUUUUGUGGGAUCCAGGAUCUGGUUUAUAAAGGGUUAAAGUCAUCAGAGUCGCUACACGAAACCCUCGCGGUACUGAGAAGACUAGCUGCCAUACCGAACAAUGAUUUGGUUGGCGAUGGAAACCGCUUGUUGUUUGCAGUUUGGGCGAAUUUACCUGAGCUGUUGAACGAAUAUGACCCUGUAAAGGGAUCCAGUAACGUCGAAAAACAUGCCAGCCUACUUGCUACUAUUGCAGAGAAACAAGGCUGCACUCAGUUAUCGAACUGUUUGUUUACGUUCUCCCAAGCACAAUACCGAACAAGUGACGAGUUCUUGGUCGACAUUGUCAACGCGAUAUCAAUGUACUAUUUUCCAAGUCAGGAUGUUCAGAGUUUGGUAUUCCUGAUGGGGCUUUUGACGAAUAACACAUCGUGGUUCCGUAUUAGCAUCAUGCGGAUUCUCAGUGCAAUAAUUUCUGAAAUCGACAUGCGUCGGCCAGAUAUAUCUUGCCAUGGCCCAGAUCUUAUCUCACCCUUACUUCGUCUCCUUCAUACCGAACUCUGCCCUCAGGCGCUCGGAGUCCUUGACCACAUUAUGACAGUUGCUGGAAACCCAAUGGAGCGCCAUCAUCUUCGUAUGAGCAUGGCAUCCUCGGCGUCAUCAAGAGCUAUUCGCAAGGAGUUUGAAGGGAUACAAAGCUUAUACGGUAUCCCAGAGCCAACAGGGUGGUCAAUUCCCAUCCCAGCCGCCCAGUCUAACUUGACCAGAAACAACGUUCAUGCAGUGUUCUAUACAUGUGCCGAGGAAGACGGACUUGAAGGCCAACCGCCAGCUUCACCAGAUCUGGAAUUCCACGUUGACGACUACGGUGAUUCGUAUUUCCUGCCAUUCCGCGCCGACACGAUGAAAUCGGUCGAUACCGGAAACGAAACAAACAUGGGUGAUUUGUUACAAAAGCUCGACAGCCUGGAUGACUUCUUCGAAGAGACGGAGGUGAAUCACUCUGUGCCUUCGAUCUCGGGAGCGUCCCUUCACAACUUUGCUACUACCGAUUUCCCAGACGCCAGCACACAUCUAUACGAUCAACAUACUGCUCCGUUAUUGCGGAAAUCGCUUGCUCGAACAGCCUCCUCUUCUUCAUUCCACAACGGCUUUGCCGACUCUAGACUUCCCCUUACCCGUACUGAUUCGAACAGCGUUGGUGCUCCAUCCAUUCACCCAUCGCCCUUAAGCACGUCUUCUUCAUCCACGCAGCCACGGCGUGGAUCGCUACACACGCGCUCCAUCACCUCCCCAAGUAACUACUACCCGCAAUCAAGUAAUAACAAUGGCAACCCUGGCACCCCUGAACUCAGCUAUAUUGGGCGAUCUUUCCUUUCUGAUGACGAUACUGAGGAUACGUUGUCAGAUUCGGACGAUCGUCUUACUCUUCACUACCCGUCGUCCUCUACCUCCCGCGUUGCAGUUAUGGGUAACAGUAAUCCUGAAGCCGGGUCGUUUUCUUUGGAUACCAUGAUCCGAAGUGGUGUGCGCCGGUUAACCGGUGGCAACAACGCUGGGCGUGAUAGAGAUCGACAGCGUGAGCUAUUAAGAGCCCAGCAACGAGCGAUUGCUCAAACAGCCACUUCGCCCAGGGUACCAAAAGUGCCACCGGAGUACCUAGCAGGUGGAGCAAACAAUCCAACGUCGCCUAGCCAGUGA